AUGAUAGAGAGCACAGCUAAUACAUCGCAACUGGUACUAUCUCGCAUAAUCGAGAAUUUUAUUAUUAUUUGGUUAGAUUCAGACAUUAAUGAAUUUGCUGAAGAUACAAGAAAUUCCAUUACCAGACUUCGACAGAUGGUCAAUACAAUCAAAAUAUUUAAUGAUGUUGAUAAAUGUGUUGAUUUUCUUACUGAUAUCGAAGAUGAAAAAGUAUUUAUGAUUAUUUCAAAUACAUUUGGUCAACAAAUUGUAUCUCUAAUUGGAAAUGUUGCUCAGUUACACUCAAUCUAUGUUAUGUGUAGUCAAUCAAUAGAGCAUCAACCAUGGAUAGAUGAUUAUAAAAAUGUGAAAGGAAUAUUCAACAAAAUGGAGUCAAUUUGUGAUGUACUCAGAAGAAAUAUUCGUCAGUACGAGAUUAAUUUGAUAUCAAUUAGUAUUGUUCCUACACGUUCUCUUACGAAUCUUGAUGAACUCGAUCAAUCAUUCAUGUAUUCUCAAAUUCUUAAAGAAAUUAUUCUUGACAUUAAACCUGAUAAAACAGCUAAGAAAGAAUUUGUCGAUUUCUGUUGUACUCAUUAUGCUGAUAAUAAUACUCAGUCAAGUAAAAUACGUGAUUUUGAACAAUUAUAUGAACAUCAUUCACCAAUUUGGUGGUAUACGAAAGAGCCAUUUAUUUAUUCAAUACUGAACAAAGCUCUUUGA